CUGUUAUUAACCGGGAUCAUUUCCGACACUGUGUAAAAAACCAUACACACUCGUGGCCAGUAGAUGGCAGUAGACGCUGCGUGUCGCUCGCUCGCUUGCUUCAAAUGAACAGAAGAAGCUCUUUUUGUUUACAGUGGUUACCAUGACAACCACUGCACACGGCCUGGAGCCGCUACAAACCGUCAGGUCUGGAAUGUCAUGGAAAAACUUUGAAUCCUUUAGUGUCGGCGUCACUUUGAAGUCAGGGAAGAGGAGAAGAAGGAGGAAGAAACUGGGACGUUCGAAUGGGUCGUAAACCGUUACUGUCGUAAAGAGCAGAGGGCAGAUCGACACACGACAACAGCCUCUCAGUCAGAGUAAAGAUGGAGCUGUCGUUCCAGUCCAUGAAGGUCGCUCAUCAGGCCAGAGCUGCGGAGGACGUGAAGACUGAGAUGAGGAAGAAGAGUCUCCUCAUCCUCAUUCACCACCACCUGCUGGGUCAGGGCUACAUGGACACGGCCGCCGCCUUGGACCACGAGACCAACGGAGGCCUCCGCAAGUUCGAGGUCUGCGACAACAUCGACCUGGAGAUGGUGCUGAUGGAGUACGAGAGUUACCAGUACGUCAAGUUCCAGAAAUAUCCCAAGAUCAUCCGGAGAACGGACGAGUCAUCGUGUCCAGCUGAGAGCAGAUACUCCAAGAGCAGUGGACUGAAGAGGAGUCCUUGUUCGGCAAAGAAACGUCUUCCAAAAAUCAACUCGUCCCAAAGCUCACAGUCCUCGGCUGGAAACAAGAAGACCACGCCCAGUGAGAACGUGUCGUCUCUGUCUUCAGAUAUGUCUGACUAUGGUCUGAGUGUGUUCUCCAUCAGGAACGCAGCGUCAGGAGAUUCCACCAUCAACAAGAAGUGUGAGGAGCGGCUGCUGAAGCCCCUCAGUGGAUUAUCAGUCAUCAGUGGAGAGAUGGGAGAACUGGCAGCCAUCAUCAGCAGAGACAUCUAUUUGCACAGCCCCAACGUGCGCUGGGAGGACAUCAUCGGCCUGGAGGACGCCAAGCGAUUAGUCAAAGAGGCCGUGGUCUAUCCCAUUAAGUAUCCUCAGCUGUUCACGGGGAUCAGGUCUCCAUGGAAGGGUCUGCUGCUCUACGGCCCCCCAGGAACGGGGAAGACGCUGCUGGCCAAGGCCGUGGCCACGGAGUGUAAGACGACCUUCUUCAACAUCUCAGCCUCCAGUAUCGUCAGCAAGUGGAGAGGAGACUCUGAGAAACUGGUCCUGUUCCUCCUGGCUCGGUACCACGCCCCGUCCACCAUCUUCCUGGACGAACUGGAGUCAGUGAUGGGACAGAGAGGAUCCAGUACUGGUGGAGAACAUGAGAGCAGUUACAGGAUGAAGACGGAGCUGCUGGUCCAGAUGGACGGACUGGUCAAGUCGGAUGAUCUGGUGUUUGUGUUGGCGGCGUCCAACCUGCCCUGGGAACUGGACCACGCCAUGCUGAGAAGGUUAGAGAAGAGGAUCCUGGUGGGUCUUCCAUGUUUACCAGCUCGUAGAGCCAUGAUCUCCCAUUGGCUGCCUCCCCUGAACUCUACCGCGGGGGUGGAGCUUCGGACGGAGCUGGACUACGAAACACUGGCGAAGAACACAGACGGUUAUUCCGGCUCCGACAUCCAACUGGUCUGUAAGGAGUCGGCCAUGAGACCAGUCCGCAAGAUUUUCGACUUCCUGGAGUCGCACUACAGAGAGGACGCCACCAUGUCCACCAUCCGGUUAGAGACGGUGACGACGGCCGACUUCUUAGAAGUGAUCGCACACACGAAACCUUCAGCCCGAAACCUGAUGGACAAGUACACGGCCUGGGAGCGAGAGUACGAGUCCGUCUGACACCAGAGGAGGACAGAAGAGGGAGAGAGCCAACGUUCCAGCUCAGGGUCUGGGUCUGGGUCAGCACCACAGUCGUCCCUGGAGCGCCAUCUACUGUUCAUGUCAGCAGUUGACUUU